GCCGGUGCCGAAUUAUGAUAUACAGGAUACACAAUGAGCACUUAUCAGUUUUAAAAAGAACGUUCUCCGAGUUCCGGCUUGUUCGUUCUUGAAUCUAGUAUCUACAUUCUACAUAGAAAUGCUAAUCUAAGACUGACGGCGUGACUUGAAUUAACACUUGACAGCUAGUUGGUACAGUAAAUGAACGGUAGUAUGGAGCCACAGCAAGCAUCAGAAGCAGUUUUAAAAAAGAGUGUAGAUAUUUCAAAAGAAAAUCCAACAGUAAAAGGUUAUGAUUGGAACAAUGGAAUUGACUAUGAACAAUUACUGUCAAUCUAUCGAUAUUCUGGAUUCCAGGCAACAAAUUUUGGAUUAUCUGUAGAACAGAUAAAUAAAAUGUUAGAUGAAAGAGAAAAACCUUUUGUAGAAGAUAUUUACGAAGAAGAUGAAUUUAUCAAACGCCGUUCAAAUUGUACAAUGUUUCUUGGUUAUACAUCUAAUAUGGUUUCUUGUGGUAAUCGUGAUGCAAUACGCUUUAUUGUCCAACAUAAAAUGGUUGACUGUAUAGUAACAACUGCUGGAGGAGUUGAGGAAGACCUAAUAAAAUGUUUAGCUCCUACAUUUAUAGGAGAUUUUCAAUUAAAAGGUAGUGUUCUUCGUGAAGAUGGUAUCAAUAGAAUUGGCAACUUAUUAGUUCCAAAUGAGAACUACUGUAAGUUUGAGAAUUGGGUCAUGCCUAUUUUAGACAAGAUGCUUGAAGAACAAAAUAUUGCUUGGACUCCAUCUACAAUAAUUGAAAGAUUAGGCUUAGAGAUAAAUGACGAACAAUCAAUAUGUUAUUGGGCAGCAAAGAACAAGAUCCCCAUAUUCUGUCCAGCUUUAACCGAUGGUAGCUUAGGAGAUAUGAUGUAUUUUCAUUCCUUUAGAAACCCUGGUCUUAUUAUUGAUAUAUUAAAAGAUUUAAGAAGAUUAAACACAAUGGCAGUAAAAGCAGCAAAUACUGGAAUGAUUAUAAUUGGAGGUGGAGUGAUAAAACAUCACAUUUGUAAUGCUAAUUUGAUGAGAAAUGGUGCUGAUUAUUCAGUUUAUUUGAAUACUGCAUCAGAAUAUGAUGGUAGUGAUUCUGGAGCUCGACCUGAUGAAGCUGUUUCAUGGGGUAAAAUAAGAGCAACUGCUUCGCCAGUGAAAAUUUAUGGUGAUGCAACGCUUAUAUUUCCACUGUUAGUUGGAGAAACCUUUGCAAAACGAUUUCAUAAAAAUAAAAAAUGAAACCAUGAAAUAUAUUAACAUAUUAUUCUAAAAUGUA